GGAGCCUGGAGCAGGGGUCACUGCGUUCCAGCAGCCAGAACUGACUGAGAUGGCCAGCAGCACCAGACCGGGUUGCAGAGGGAUGGAGCCCGAGAAUGUGGAAGCCCUGAGUUCUUCUCUGAGUCCUCCACCCCCAUGAGCCACAUGACUUCAGUGGUCCCAGGCUGCACCCAUGGCAGAAGAACAGAAAACCCGUGAAGUGGUGAAGUUCAUGGAAGUCUACCAGCGCAGCUACUGCCGUCCGAUCGAGACCCUGGUGGACAUCUUCCAGGAGUACCCCGAUGAGAUCGAGUACAUCUUCAAGCCGUCCUGUGUGCCCCUGAUGCGCUGUGGGGGCUGCUGCAAUGACGAGGCUCUGGAGUGUGUGCCCACGGAGGAGUCUAACAUCACCAUGCAGAUCAUGCGGAUCAAACCUCACCAAGGCCAGCACAUAGGAGAGAUGAGCUUCUUACAGCACAGCAAAUGUGAAUGCAGACCAAAGAAAGAUAGAGCAAGGCCGGAAAAAAAAUCAGUUCGAGGAAAGGGAAAGGGGCAAAAACGAAAGCGCAAGAAAUCCCGUCCCUGUGGGCCUUGCUCAGAGCGGAGAAAGCAUUUGUUUGUACAAGAUCCGCAGACGUGUAAAUGUUCCUGCAAAAACACAGACUCGCGUUGCAAGGCGAGGCAGCUUGAGUUAAACGAACGUACUUGCAGGUGUGACAAGCCGAGGCGGUGAGCCAGGCUGUGGGAAGGAAGGAAGCCUCCCUCAGGGUUUCGGGAACCAGACCUCUCACCAGGAAAGAUUGAUCCAGAACGACUAACCACACCACCACCACCACCACCACCACACCCGUCACCAGUCACCACGGACAGAACAGUCCUUAAUCCAGAAACCUAAACGAAAUGAAGGAAGAGGACACUGCGCAGAGCACUCUGGGUCCCAAGGGCAAGAUGCGUUCCCUGGGCCGGGACCCAGCUCGGUCCCUCUUGGAUUGGAUUUUUGUCAUUUCAUUGUUUUUUUUUUUUUUUCUUGCUGCUUAAAUCACCGAGCCUGGAAGAUUAGAGAGAGUUUUAUUUCUGGGAUUCCUGUAGACAUACCCACCCCACACCCAUACAUUUAUAUAUAUAUAUAUUAUAUAUAAAAGUAAAUAUAUAUAUUUUAUAUAUAUAUAAAAUAUAUAUAUUCUUUUUUAAGUUAACUUUGCUAAUGUUAUUGGUGUCUUCACUGGAUGUAUUUUGACUGCUGUGGACUUGAGACGGGAGGCGAUCCCACGUCGUGAUGGGUCAGGACGGAAGGAGCGACUCUGGAGCGAUCUUCUGUCCCUCUGAGGGAGGCGGCGGCCCUCUCUUCUCCUUGGGAAUGAAUGCGCAAAGGCCAGGGUCUGGGGGCAACUUCCAGGAACAUCGACAAACCCAACCCUGGGCCUGAGCCUCUACCCCAAGGCAAUCAGGACAGAAAGACAGAUGGCAGAGAGCAGGGACAAGGAUGCUGGCUCACCCCAGGACUUUGGGGGAGCCUCAGGAGAAUGGCGUGCUUUGUGGAUACCUGCCACAUGCUGCAAGGGCAUCCUGUCCCCCAUUUUCACCCCCUCUCCCCCUCCCCCCGCCCCAGGGGCACUGCCCAGAAGAGCCCAGGGUCUGGGCAGCCUUUUCUGUUCUCAUCGCCGCUCGACAGGCGUCCUGGCGAAGAGAACAGAUUUUGGUGGAAGAAGCAGCCUGUGAUGGUCACUCUUCCCCAGACCCAACCUCCUCUCCCUGCCCUGCUUCCCAGACUGCUGUCCAGGUGGCCUUCAUGUCCUCAGACCAUUGAAACCACUAGUUCUGUCCCCAGGAGACCUGGCUGUGUGUGUGUGUGUGUGUGUGUGAGAGAGAGAGUGGGUGAGUGGGUGAGUGUGUGAGUGGGUAGCCCUCCCCCUCCUAUCCCCACUCCUUCCCGAAGCACAGAGAAGAUGGCCAGGCCCGCCUGCCCAUCUGCGGAGGCAGAGAAAAGAGACAAAGUGUUUUAUAUGCGGUACUUAUUUAAUAUAUCUUUUUAAUUAGAAAUUAAAAACAGUUAAUUUAAUUAAAGAGUAGGGUUUUUUUCAGUAUUCUUGGUUAAUAUUUAAUUUCAACUAUUUAUAAGAUGUAUCUCUUGCUCUCUCUUGUUCUCUCUCUCUUUCUCUUUCUCUUUCUCUGUCUCUCUCUUGCGCUCUCUUUGUUUGUACCGGUUUGUGUGUAUGAAAUUCGUGUUUCCAGUCUGUCUCUGCCUGAUCGGUGAAAGUUACUAGCUUACUCUGGGCAGACAUUUAAUACUGCUAACACUCAGUUCUGCCCUUCCUUUCCCCAGCUUCUCACCACACAUUCCUUCGAAAUAAGGUUUCAAUAUACAUUUACAUACUAUAUAUAUAUUUGGCAACUUGUGUUUGUAUAUAAAUAUAUAUAUAUAUAUAUGUUUAUGUAUAUAUGUGAUUCUGAUAAAAUAGACAUUGCUAUUCUGUUUUUUAUAUGUAAAAACAAAACAAGAAAAAUAGAGAAUCCUACAUACUAAAUCUCUCUCCUUUUUUAAUUUUAAUAUUUGUUAUCAUUUAUUUAUUGGUGCUACUGUUUAUCCGUAAUAAUUGUUGGGGGGGGAAAGAUAUUAACAUCACGUCUUUGUCUCUAGUGCAGUUUUUCGAGAUAUUCCGUAGUACAUAUUUAUUUUUAAACAACAACAAAGAAAUACAGAUAUAUCUUAAAAAAAAGCAUUUUGUAUUAAAGAUUUUAAUUCUGA